AUGCCAAAGAAGCUUGUCGCACACGUUACGCCCACACCGGCCCCAGCCCCCCUCAAGAAGGCUAUCCAGGCCGCCGCCUCCGCUUCGAAGAGCAAGGCAGACGAAUGGCUCACGCCCCACCCCUUCAUGCGGAACGAUGACUCUAACGGCGCACACACCUUCUACUGGUUUUGCUUGGCAUCCAUGGCGUUCCCCAGUGACCUCAUGUUCAUCGGCUCGCUCCUCCUCACUGAGCUGUGGCUCGCGCAUGAAAUCCUUCCCAGAGAGCUUUGGUCCCCGCCCAAAGACUCUCAACUCCCCAAGGAACAAGUGAUCGAUCGCCCAUUUAGCCGACUGGCCGACCGCGCAAAGAUUGUUCGCCGUGGGUUGCGCGAGUAUGCCGACGAGCGAGGCUCCGGCAAGGAGAACCCAAGCAUCGCGCCUCCCUUCGAGGGGGCUCAACUGGGUGUUAGCUGGCUCAUCUACUAUGGCGCUCGCGGUGUCAUGUCCUGCACUGCCACCAGCUCGGAUGAGACCUGUGUAUGCCCUCACCACGUUCGCCUUCAAGGCGGGCCGUCUUUCAGUUCCCCUGCCUGCAGCAAGAUCGCUUUGGACGACCACUUCAACCUUGCUCGUUCUCGGGCCAACCAAUUCUUACAACAGGACCCUGGCCAGUUAUUCGUGUUUGAUUCGCAAGCGUUCUCCCUUCUGAACGCUAGCGGACAGCAGCUCCUUCAGGACCUGGCCGGCACAGAGAUUGCCGACAAGGCCUUGUCCACUGUUCCCAAUAAAGCAUCUCUGGUGGCAGUCAGCAAGCUGUACGAAUCCCCAGAGGUAUCUGCCAUGGGCCCGGACACUGUCAAGACUGGAACAAUGCCCUGGCAGUCGCAGGAACAUGACGACGACGACGACAGGAGCAAACUUGUACCUGUUCACUUCAUCACCUUUUCAAGCCCCCAACUGGACUUUUCGCAAGCCACCAGUUGCCCGCUCAUCGAACCCGCUUCGUGCAAAUUCCCCCUCGCGGAUGACGUUGUCGAGAGGCUGUACAACCUCCCCAAGACAGUGGAGUGUCCCGAGGACUCUCUCACGAUGUGGAUGCAGAGCGCUGUUCAAAACUGCGCUGUCGUCCUUGGCCGAGACACGGCAUUUUCCCAGCUCAAGGCAGCCUGGAUCAUCUUCCUCGAGAGCAACCUUUCCAACAAGAUGCACAAGGACAUGAUUCCGCAGCGCUACAUGUUCGUCUGGGAAGGUCAAAUCCUCAAGAUGGACGAAACCCCCGAGUCGGUCGGUAUGGGCCAGGCCGGGCCCCUGGAGCCCAUUGCAGUGCUGGACGCUGCCGACGUGUGGUAUGGCAUUGGCACGCAUGAACCGGAAUUCGUCCACGACGUUACGAGGGCGACCAACAUUCGCCGCGUCCUCGGUAAGAUGGAUCACGACAAGGACCCCGAACUCACUGCCCAACUGGACCAGACGGCCUAUCUGGUACGCCAGACGAGCGCGUGCCUGGAAGUCGUCGACCAGUCUGCAGACGACAAGAGUGAUUCUCUUGGUCGCUGGGCUAGCUCGCUCAAGGACUCUGUGAUGGCGUUCUGGAAGUAA